GGUCAAUCACCAUAAAAGACUGGGGUGGUGGGCUGCUUCUUUCCCCACUCAUCCCUUCCACACUCCACUCUCGCCAUCCAUCCAUGCAGUUCCUAUCCACUUUCGUCAGCCUAUCGGCAUGCUUAUUGCUUUCUACUCAAAUCGGCGCAAGCCCACACAAGGCCGACCCUAAUCCCCUGAACCAAGUCUACAUAAUGAAGCAACAGAUUGACUAUUCCAGAGGGUUUUUGGAUGUCUUUGGCCAAGACGGCACCGUCGUUUACCGUUUUGCUAAGAAUGUGCAAGACCCUCUCCAAGGGGAUAGCAAAACUGUGCUCAUGACCCCAUCUCUCGAAUUGUUGUCUGCCCUGGGAUCGACGAAUGAUAUCUGCGGCCACAAGACAACCUACACCGAGUACGAUUUACCCUUAUCGUCAAAAAAGCAUUUCACCAUCGACCCUAAUGGUUUACUCAAAGACGAAUGGACAUUCAACUUCGUCGAUCGCUCUGGCAAACGACAAAACUUUAAGUUUAACCGAAACUUCUCGAGCAAAGAGGGUAAAAUUUACCCUCAGAUCAAGGGCGAAGACGGCGAGCUGAUCGCCGAGCUCAGAGAUCAAGAGCGAACGGACGCCUUCCUGACCACCCCCUCAGUACACGAGGUCGCAACUUAUACGCUCUUUUGCACGGCCGAUUCUCCACAGUUUGAAUUGGUCUUCUUGAUGGGCUUGGUUUUGAGCCGAGUUCACGAGUGCGGAAUUUAAUAACUUUUAUAUAGCUCCCUUACCACUUAAGAGCAUACGAAUUAAGAUCCUAUCAACCUGAACACUCAACCAAACAUAAUCAU